AUGCGUUGGACUCCUGUUGUACUAGCCACCCUUGCAGGGCUACAAGCAGCUCAUGCUCACGACGAGGAUGAAGUUCCUCACCCCAAUAUGGUGUUGCCACGUCUUCGCGACGUGGACGAGCUGAGACAGAGACGGAAUGCUUUUGAGCCCUGGAACCCGCCUACGGUAGCCAACAAACCACGCGCGGAUCGCGUGAAGCUCAGCCCUCGCCAGACGUCAUCAAUCCCGUUGGGAGACAACUCGCAGUGUGGAGGAACAUAUGGCAGGUGGUGUGGUCAGAGUGAAGAAUACUGCGCGUCCCCCGAUUGCCAGAUCAACUAUGGUCCUGCAUGCGACGGUAACGAGAAGCCCAAUGGUCCGGAUACCUCAAACUACGCAAGGCCAAAGAACGGUGACAUUCCCUACGGUGGCGUUGGCAUUUACGCCUGCGUUAACCAGGGUGAUGUGGCCAUCACAUACGACGACGGUCCUUACAUCUACACUGCUGCCAUGUUGGAUGCCUUCAAGGCUCAUGGUGCCGUCGCUACUUGGUUCAUCACGGGCAACAACAUCGGCAAGGGUAUGAUCAAUGUCAACUACCGUGAUGUCAUCACACGAAUGAUUGCCGAUGGUCACCAGGUUGCCAGCCACACAUGGUCCCACGAGAACCUGGAUCAGAUGACGCUGGCGCAGCGCAAGAACCAGAUGGUCUACAACGAGAUCGCCUUCAUGGACAUUCUCGGCUUCUUCCCUACCUAUAUGCGUCCGCCUUACUCUAUCUGCGGAGCCGAGUGCCAGGGACAGAUGGCCGACCUGGGCUACCACAUCACCUACUUCGAUCUCGACACCCAGGGUUACCUACACACCCCGGCCGACCAGAUCCAGUUCAGCGUGAACCUGUGGGACCAAGCCAUGCAGGCUCGCACGCCUUGCAACGGCAGCUACCUGCACAUCGAGCACGACAUCCACCAGUACAUCGCCACGACCCUGACAAACCACAUUCUCGACUCCGUCGUCGCCAACGGCUGGAACGCCGUCACCGUCGGCACCUGCCUUGGUGACCCCCCAGAGAACUGGUACCGCGGUGCCGUCCCGGCCUACAACUUCAAGAUCACCCCCGUCAGCUCAAAGGUCUGCUCCAGCACGUCCAGCUCCUCGUCCAGCUCGACCAAGACGUCUUCGUCUACCCGCACCUCCUCCGCGACCUCCACCUCGACGGCCGUCUCCACCAACGGACAGUGCGGUUCCACCGUUGGCUUCACCUGCCAGGGCUCCGCCUACGGUAACUGCUGCUCUGGCGCAGGAUGGUGCGGCUCCAGCUCCGUCUACUGCGGCACGAGCUGCCAGUCCAAGUACGGCACCUGCGGAAGCUCAGCAUCCAAUACUACU